AUGCGAGGGAGUGGUAGUAUUUCCUAUUCAUUAAAUGAAGUAUCACCCUCGUAUAAGUCACCUAUUCUAUCACGUCGGGCAAAAUCACGUGAUGGAAGAGUUUCACCUACAGUUUCUAUAAUGAGAAGUCAGACCCAACAACAACAACAACAACGAGGACAACAACAACAACGAGGACAACAACAACAACAAAAACUGAGACUAGGGAAUGAUGAAGAAGAAGAAGAAGAGUAUAAGAAUGAAACAACCACUGUUCCAAGUCGGCCACAGAAACUAUCAACUACUUCAACAACUACACCUCUUUCACCAUUUCAUAUUAAAGGUCCCCGUUCCUUUGCGUUGACUCAACAUCAUCUUGUGGGUGAAAGUUCACCCACUUGCUCUAGUAAGAUGGCAUUAAAUAGUUUGGAUGCAACAAACGGUCACAUGUAUAAUAUUCCAGUAAAAGUUAACAUACCUUUAGAAGAACAAUUGAUGAACACAUUUAAGAAGCGUACACAAGAGAAUGUGUUAUUAUCUGCAAAACCAGAAAUUAUGAUCGAUGAAGAACUACCCUAUGGUCCUUUUUUUAAUCCUCAUGAUUAUUUUCAGCAGCAUCAACAUGAACAUAAGAAACCGGAAAGUCUCAUGACAUCAAUGCUUAAGCAAUCUCGUGAUGAUUCACCUCCACUGCAUAGUUUACCUACUGAUGUGGAGUUUGUAGAGGUUGGUGCUUUAGCCCGUAAUCAAGUUCUUCACUUAAUGAAUGAUACCCUCACAUCGCCUGAACUCUCUUCCCCAGUGUUAACGGGAUUUGCCGGUGAUGCCACUAACGAUGAGGAGAUUGCGUGUGCCAUGCUAUUAAAUUCCCUUGAAUCAGAGCUGCAUGGACAGUUUAUCCUCGAGCAUGUGGAGGUCUGGCAGCGAGAAUACUUUGCACGGGAGAAACUCUGUCUCUGUGAGGAACAAGAACGCCGCAUGAUAGCCCUCCGAUCUGCAGCGGCACUACACGAAGAGCGAAGUUCACGACUCUUCGAAUCGCGGCGACAGGCGUUUAUAGAAGAAAUGUCGGUGUUAGCAGCGGAGGAGCGGGAGGCGCUGCGGGGAACCCUGCAGAGAUUAGCGGUGGAGGAGCGGGCACUGCGGGAUAAGGCGGGGGAACAGCGAAGUAAGAUGCGAGAGUGGAGACGUUUGAUGGGUGAUGAGAGAAGUAAAAUGAGAGAGGCCCUCGCGCGAGUAGCAGCAGAGCGGCGGGAUAUGAUUGGACAGUUAAUGCGACUUGAAGGGCAACUCGAAGAGGCCCUACAAAGGCGUAAACAGGCAAUACUGCAGAAAUCCACAUCAACAGGAGUAAAGAUAAAAAAAAUAGAAAACACCCCACACUUGAAUGGAUCUAUUCAGCCGAAAGAGGUCCAGUUGGGUGUGUGGUCUAGUACUAUAUCCUCUUCUAGUAGAGAAAAUGUUCGAGAUGAUAGGUAUGAAACACCUGCAAUGGAUCAUGUGCCUAAAAUAACUCCAACAUCAAUAGAAACAAUAUUGAAUCCUCUAUUAGUCAAGACUUCUGAUACCGUUUCUUCCAUGGGUGGUACCUCUUCAUUACCACCACCUUCUCAUUCUCUUUCAUUGGGUAGUGGUGGUGGUGGCGGUGGUGCUUUUUCUGUUGUUAUGCGUGAGGCUUCAUUAUCCAUUUUGAAUCAGGAGACGUAG